CGCGGCUCUGCCUGCCUGCGACAGCACAGCAGCGGUGUGGUCGCUCCGAGCGCACGGUAACGGACAGAAGAACCACUCGGCACGUACCGAAGGCCUCCGAACCGCCCCGAACCCCGUUAUAGCCACCGCUCCGACGGAUAUAAACACACACUUAGAUAUUUUUUCUAAUCUUAGUCGCUGUUUUUCUUUUUAAAUUUGAUAUCAUUGUUUAAAAAAAAAGAAAAAAGAAAAAAAAAAGGAAAAAAAAAAAAGUCCUCGUAAUGGCGACAGCUGCGGUGUCUGCCCCUGCUGGCUGCGGCCCCAGCCCCGGGCCGGGAACCGAGCUGGUCCGCGGGCAGGCCUUCGACGUCGGGCCUCGGUACAGCAACCUCUCCUACAUCGGGGAAGGCGCCUACGGGAUGGUGUGCUCUGCUUAUGACCGGGACAACAAGAUCCGCGUUGCCAUUAAGAAGAUCAGCCCCUUCGAGCACCAGACGUACUGCCAACGCACCCUGAGAGAGAUCAAAAUCCUUCUGCGCUUCAAGCACGAGAACAUUAUUGGAAUCAACGACAUCAUUCGCACACCAACCAUCGAUCAGAUGAAGGACGUAUAUAUUGUCCAGGAUCUCAUGGAAACAGACCUGUACAAGCUCCUGAAGACCCAACACCUGAGCAACGACCACAUCUGCUACUUCCUCUACCAGAUCCUACGAGGGCUCAAGUACAUCCACUCUGCCAACGUCCUGCACCGCGACCUGAAGCCCUCCAACCUUCUGCUCAACACCACCUGCGAUCUUAAGAUCUGUGAUUUUGGUUUGGCACGUGUGGCUGAUCCUGACCAUGAUCACACCGGUUUCCUCACAGAGUACGUCGCCACUCGUUGGUACCGAGCUCCGGAGAUCAUGCUCAACUCCAAGGGCUAUACCAAGUCCAUAGACAUCUGGUCAGUGGGUUGCAUCCUGGCUGAGAUGCUGUCCAACAGGCCAAUCUUUCCUGGGAAGCACUACUUGGAUCAGCUCAACCACAUUUUGGGGAUCCUGGGUUCUCCUUCUCAGGAGGAUCUCAACUGCAUCAUCAACAUUAAGGCCAGGAACUAUCUGCUGUCGCUGCCGUUGCGCUGCAAAGUGCCGUGGAACCGCCUCUUCCCCAACGCCGACCCAAAAGCUCUGGACCUGCUGGACAAGAUGCUGACCUUUAACCCUCAUAAGAGGAUCGAGGUGGAGGAGGCCCUGGCUCACCCCUACCUGGAACAAUACUACGACCCCACAGAUGAGCCUGUUGCUGAGGCCCCGUUCAAAUUCGACAUGGAGCUGGAUGACCUACCCAAAGAGACACUGAAGGAGCUCAUCUUUGAAGAAACUGCACGUUUCCAGCCCGGCUUUAGGUCCUAACAUCUUACACAGAUGAAUCUGUGGACGGGCUUCUGCGUGGCCACUGCUCCUCCCCCGCCUCCACACUGUUGCUGUGAUAUUUCUUUUUUUUUUUGUUUUUUUUAAUUAUUAUUAUUUAGUUCCGUUUUUAUUUUCUCUCUCUCUCUCCUGUUGUCCACAUCACCUGGAUUCCUUGGGUCUCACUCGUCAAGUCCACUUUGCUCAGGAAUGGCGUCAGGAAUCAAUCAAUCAGUCAUCCUGUCUCCUUCUUUUUCUCUCUCUCUCUCUUGGAGGUGAGGAGGUGAGGAGGGGGAGGGCAGUCACAUCACAGCUUACAGUUUUGGGGGGUGAUUUUUUUGUGUUUUUAAGCCAAGAUCAACUAAUUUUGUGUGUGUGUGUGUCUCUCAAAGGCGUUUUGGCUCUGGCUAUUACUUAUUGAAGACCUUUAAUGUCCAGUUGAAUGAUAGACUAGCUGUCGCGUUUCUUCGGUCGUGGUUCUAACUCUGCCUACAUUGCACAAACCAACGGUUGAUUACGUACGAGAAUCAUCCAUCAUUAUUAGAAACAAAAAAGGUCUCUUGAAUUUUCUAACCUUUUGCCGCACUGUUACAAGGGAUGCAGUCUUUUUUUUUUUCUCUCUCUCUCUCUUCAGAAAACGAAAAAAAAAUCCCAAAUUAAAUCACCUGAUUUAUGCAAUGAAAUCACAGAAUCAGCCGGAGACUUUGCGGGGCCACACAAGCCAUCUCUAGGUGUCGAUGAGGAUCUAUAUUUUAUCAAAAACCUCGUAUUUUAAUCCUUAAUGCGCUCACACAGAAAGGCCCGAAUGCAAGUAUAUACAUAUAAAUAUAAAUAUAUAUAUAUAGCCUGAAGAGUCUUAAGAUAUUUUAAUGGUAAGAGUGACGAUGGAACCUUUUUGUUUUUUUUUUAAGAAAAGAAAAAUCCCUUUUUUUUUUCCCCUCUCUUCAUUUCUCAUCGGCUUCAGUGAGAUAGAGACGCACCAGGUUUCACCAUCGAUUUCUGCCUUAGCCGUGAGAAAACCGAGGAAGAAGUUUAUGUCACACAAGUCUGUAUGUACAGUUCGAUAUUUUUCAUAUUUCGGGGGGGAAACUUUACUGCGUCAGGACAAGAAUUCACACACAGGACUCGUUUCGUCCGGAGGAAAAUGUCGUUGUGCCUCCCGUUUUUCUUCCUGUUCUUGUGUUUUCUUUUCGUCUUCGGUCUCUGUUGAUCUCUCUCUCUCUCUCUCUUUCUCUUUCUCUUUCUCUUUCUCUCUCUCUCUCUCGCCUUGUUAGAAUAAUACUGUGCCCUUUGCAUGACUGUUAUAAGCUCUGUAUACAAAGACGACGAUGUUAAGUGCCACACAAGCCGGGCAGAUCCGCCGGGAGAGCGCCCAGGCUCUUUCCGUUCUACCUUCUGUGGUAUAAUCACACUUGUUCCGAACACAUGGUGCUUUCUGUCCUGUUUCUUUCUUUUGCUUUAGCAUCCUCUCUGUCCGUUUCCUUUUCCCCCGUCUCCGUGUUCGUUGUUGUCAUUUUAGUUCUGAAAACUUUCAAUCUCCGUCUGCAUGCUGAGACAUCUUGUUGUGGUUGCAAAUAGGAGAAUAACCAUAUAUCUGUAUUUAUACCAAUCACAAAAAAUAGAAAAAAUAAAAAUCACUAAAACCUGUCGUGACCUGAACCUGAGAAAACAGGAUCCAGGCCAGAUAUAAAGUUAUAAAUGAUACUCAAACGUUAACGAUCGCGUUUGUUUUAGGUUUUUUUUUUUUUGCUUUAAAUUGCACAUUUUAAUGCUGAUAGCAGUUGGCAGUGUCAGAACCAGCAGACAACUGCACUGAAACUAACAAGAAGAAAAAAAAAAAACACAAAAAAACAACAACAACAAAUGCAUAACUGCAGCAGAAGUCAAGACCAUGUUUCCACUUCUUGUCAGUAACUGCUGAUUGAAGACUGUUGAAUUUGAAGCUUUUAUUUCAAAUGGAAGGAAUUUAAAAGAUUUGGAAACUUAGAAGACAGAAGCCCCGAGGCUUCGUGAACAUGUUUACAAGUGGGCCUCAAACAUAUUCAGUUUCAUGGUACACCUUCGCCUUUUAGUGCAACUUCAAAUGAGAAGCUCAUUUGGUGAAAUGUGCGCGACCUAAUGAAUGAGUGAACGUAGUAUUACAUACGACACUAAAGCAUCUCGACGUAGAUUCAGGUCUACCUGAAAGGAUUCUGCGAGGAUCCGACUCCGUUGGCACUUAAAUUAAGAGAUUAAAAUCUAAAAUCAGACAUUGAGCUAAGAACUCGUGAUUUUUAUGUUCCUGUCAGACGAUGAGUGAAGUUUUGGUGUUUCUCUGAGGGCAGAGCUGCUCUGGUCGCAGAGACAAAGACCUCCACCUCGUGUUUCUCUGUCGUCGUGGCUUCAAUAACGUUUAACGGGCCUGAAAUGCACUCAAGCCAUAAUCAGUGUUUGACCACGCCCACCUGUGAUGUCACGCUUCACAUCACUGCAGCCGCGAUGAACCGCCGCCGACCUGAGACGACAAAAACAUCCUCAGUGCUUUAUUUCACGACUCUGUAAAGUCUUCAAACGUUCUCUGGAAGAAAAAUGUAAUUUGGCACCAGUUGUAGGUUAAUUAGAGAGUGUUGACGAAUUUUUAAAACUUUUUUGUAUCCCAUCAAUAAUCCAGAACGAUGACACUUAAACUGGGAAAGAUGCAAAUUGUUGAAUGUUGCGCAGCAGCUCAAAGCACUACAUGAUGGAAUAAAAUGCUGGACAGAUCUGAGAGCUCACGUUUCAUGUGUUCAGGCAGAAUACAUCCUGUUCAAACUGAUUACCAGCCAGUAAUCAGUUUACACGGGAUGCAUUCUGUGUCGCCACCGUUUAUCUGAUAUGCAGUCCAAUAAAAUGACUCUACAGAGGAGCAAUGUGGAGGCCGUGACGCAGCAUUUUUAACGUUUAAGAGCUGGUUUUGAGUGUCAGAAAUUAAAGUUAAAGGCAUCAACAACAACAUUCCAACUGGUGAGAAUGUCAGUUUGAAAUGUAAGGAGUUCAGUUUCAGAAUAAUAGCACCUGAUAUCUCCUUUUAAACAUGCUUUCCUCCAACAAAGCAUUUGAAGUGUUAGAAGAAGAAUUGGCGGCUGCUGUGAUGGGAAAGAUUGUCAGAAAAUGCUGUAAAAUAGAGGGAGUUCAUUAGAGACUUGUGGUCAGACUUUGUCCUCACGCUGCUCUGACAUGGCGGCAAAACAACCCGACGAAUGUGGUUGCAGUUCUGUAGUUUGUUUGAAAAGCAAACUGCCUCCAACUUAGCUGCUGAGGCAACUACAGAUGUCUGAAACUUCCAGUUAAAUAAUAUCAGUAGUGACGUUCUGACUAGUCAUAACUCCAGUUUGAUGUAUCUGAGUCAUUCUGACAAGUUGAAACUUAAGAUAUCUAAAAAGGACAACGUAGAUAUCUUAAAUCUUCAACUAGAGUUCUGACGAAUUAGAAAUAAACUGUAGAUAUCUGAAUCAGUCCUAAUUGGUUUGCAGAAACUGCAAUAAGAAACACAUGAGCUGUAAAAAGAACAUUAUUUGUUCUGUAAGUAAGUCAAUGUAGAACUCUGAAGUGUUAUUAUUGACUGAGUCUGACUCUUUAAUGGUGAAACAGCUUUCCACUGUUUUAUACAAAUGUUUUAGUUGGUUUGAAAUCUGUCGAGUUCAUCAAAAAUCAAUAAAAUGCAGCGUGCAAAUAUUUAAAAAGAUCAGGUUUCCAGCAAUUAUUGUAUGAAAUAUAUUUUUUAAAAAACUUCUGCUGCUCUUAAAAUGAACAUUUAUCUCCAACAACUUUCCUACAAUUCGUGCAAAGUCACGCUCUUCUUUCAGCGACACAUUUGGCUCCUCGUUGCUCGUUUCCAUCCGCAGAGAUUCAACUCAUCCGAAGGCGUUUAUUUUUUUAAAACGAGAAAAAAGUUUAAUGACCAAAAAGCCCGUUGCAGAAAUGACAGUUUUUGCACUCACAAAAAUUCCCCCGUGAGGUUGAGAUUCGUCUGUCCCAGAGCUCCUCGCGUCGCUGUACUCGCCGUCUGUCACCCGAUUUAUGAAAUGCACUUGCUUCUACAGUAGUUUGGGAUGAGACUCGUAACCCUGAGGUGCCUGCCGGGACUUGACUUGCCUGUAGAUAGUCUUUUUUUUUUUGUUUUUUUUCUUCGGGGUGGGGGUUUUAACGAGAACAUUAAGGGCACUGGAAACCUUACUGGGAUUAGUUGUAUAAAACAUGAUUAAAAAAACAAAAAAACAAGAAAAAAAAGAAGCUUCUGCUGAGUUCUUUGUGCAAAUCUGUCUGUUUGUGCCUUUUUUGAUAGUCUUGAUAUCCAAGAUUUGAUGUGCAGCUUUCGUUCAGUCGGGACUCCGUUGUAAUCGCAGUAUAACGCUCUUAAAAACAAUCAAGUGGGAGGGAAUCUUUCAUUUCUGUACAUUUUUAAAGAGAUUCGUUGCCACAGCUGUGUGAUUUGUGACUGUAUUGAAAAAGAUGAAAAGCAAACAUUUAUAUUUUUUGCGUUACCCUUCUAUUUUUUUUUCUUUCCUUGAGCCUCUUUUUUUUCUCUAUCUCUCUCUCUCUCUCUCUCUCGAUGUUUUUGUGCAUAUAUUUUUAUUGUAAGAUGAAUGUUAUGUUUCUAUCAGACACUAAUCUCGUUUGAGUUGUCUCCAGUGGAACUACUUCACUCUGUAUGUUUUGAUCAGUAUAAACCUUUAAUUGUGUAGUUAACAUUUCUGAAAGAGAAAAAAAAAAACAAACAAAAGCAGAAAAAAUAAGACCCUUAGUUGUAUUUUAAAGGUUUCUUCUGUUUGACCUGCCAUAGAAACUGUUUUUGAAUUGAUCGGUCAGUUGUUUUUUUUUCUUUGUUUUUGUUGCUGUCGUGUGAAGGAUUUGACUUGAACGAAGCAUUUGCUAUUAUUAAAGACUGACUGCUACUUUGAAAAAAA